ACAGAUAUUAUUUUAAGCAAUUUGGAUUAUCUCUUUUAAAUUCAAGUGCUCUAUAAUUUACUUUCUUAUACAUUUAUCGAUAAAAGGAAAAAAACUGAGUGUAAGCUGCCCAAGGUCACAAGCUAGUAUGUAGAGAAGGCUGUCUCCAGAGCUUGACUGGCCACUGUAAUGCCACCUGGUUGCAGAAAUAGAAUGCGGUGACAGAUACAAUGCCAGAUACAAACUGUCCACAAUUAAAUAUAUAAUCAAACCAUAAAUCUUAGACUUACAGCAGAACAAGGUUUUUUUUUUUAUCACUUUGGGAUAUACAUAUUUAUAAACCUCCAAUGUAGCGCUCAGUGAUUUUUAACCUGACUUGACCUCUUAAACGUGUAACCUUCUUAUAUUUUUAGUUCCCUCUGUGGGGUCAUCCAGCCUGCAUACCAAAGAGCUCUGCUUAGUUAACCAAACAUAAAUGGACAAAACCAAUGGAAGCUUAAACAAUAAAGAUAUGAUUUACUUAAAACCAUAUUUAAAGCAUUUUAUAAGGGACAACAGCGUGUACUAACUGAUUAUUUCAUAUUUUGGAAAGACUGAAGAACAAGUAUCAGGCUUCUUUGUGGAAAGUGUAUGAUCUGUUACCCCACUUAACGGCUGCCCGUAUUGUACGGAUGCACAAACACACGUAUCCAUAUAUAGGAGCAUUUAUUAAAUCCCAACUCCAGGAUCCGCUGUCGCUUCAGGCGCCCCUCACAGUUGCCACAGCUCUGAGCAAAGGACAAAUAAGCGAAGGGUGGGAACUGAAUGUGGUCACCGCCCCUGCUCUUGCAGUUUUCAAACAGGUCCGUCACAUUACUAUAAAACUCCUAAGUGGCGCUGUGGAGAUCACUUCGCUGCGGGUGUGAUCGCUGUACUUUCGGGAUGUCUGGGCGUGGUAAAGGUGGAAAAGGCCUGGGGAAGGGUGGCGCCAAGCGCCACCGCAAAGUUCUGCGAGAUAACAUCCAGGGCAUCACUAAGCCUGCUAUCCGUCGCUUAGCCCGACGUGGUGGCGUCAAGCGUAUCUCUGGUCUUAUCUACGAGGAGACCCGUGGGGUGUUGAAAGUGUUUCUGGAGAACGUGAUCCGGGACGCUGUAACCUACACCGAGCACGCCAAGCGCAAGACUGUCACCGCCAUGGACGUGGUCUACGCGCUCAAGCGGCAGGGCCGCACUCUUUAUGGCUUUGGUGGCUGAACUCCUGUUGGCUAUCUCCCUGAGCCUACUAAAACCAAAGGCCCUUUUCAGGGCCACCUAUUCUUUCACUCAAAAGAGUUUUGCGCUUUCUGUUCUAAUAUUUUGUUAAGAUGUUUGGGUCAAGUACUGUUUACAAUCUGUAAAUUUAAGUUGAUUUUAUCUGAUUUUUUUUUGUAUGUUUCAGAUAGGUCGCUAAAGCUGGUCCAUAACCUCAGGUCGAACUGUAUAUUCAAUAUAUUUAGUGUGCUUAUAGCUAGGAGACCAACAGGACAGUAAACUGCAGGUGACAUUUUGCACAACUGUCAGUGAAAAAAGGUGGAGAACAUCACAGAAGAGGUAAGAGGUAAACCCUGAUGCUAGGAAAAUGGGAAAUGGAACGUAGACACUUCUGUGGGCUGAAGACAUUAAAACAGUCUGCCUUCUUGGAUAUCACAUGAUAAAUGGUGGAGGAGAAAGAGGGAUGAUCAAUCAACAUAAAAUACGUCGAAGGCAGUCAAGUUCUACCAGAGAAACAAUAAGAGUACUUGGAAAUUAACAUUGUGAAUCAACUAUACUUAAGUAAAAUAAAAGAGUACUUCGGGUUUCCUCUUGUUUAAAAGUGGAAUGGAGACAGGACAACUUGUCUCUUCUUCUCUGAGCUGUCUUCCCAUGUCCAAAGCUACUGGUUUCUUAAUCCAAAAGAAGCUUUUAUUAAGGUUGAUAUAAAUGCUUGAUAUAAAUAUACAGGUUUAUGUUUACCAACUUAUGUUGAUUCUUUAUCUUGAAUAUUCUUAGACUUGAUUACAAGCACAUUUACCUUAAAUUAUAGAAGAGAGUUGCAUAACACAUAUCCUGACAAAAAGUGCUGGACUGGGCCUUUCAAAUCCAGGUCUUCCUGAGUCAAAUCCCACCUUCUUCUCUACACAUCAGGAAAUGAGGCAAAAUGAGCAGUUCUCAAGUGGGUUACCCAUUUCCUUUUCUUACCUACUGUAAACUUUCUAGUCUCAGGAUUGUCAGCAUGCCACUGUAUUCUUUGGUGUCCUCAGAAUGGGCUUUAUUCUGUGAAAACUUCUUGGUUUAUUGUGAUACAACUGGUAUUUCUUUCCAGUGAAAGUGGUUCACUGUAUUAUAAUAAGGUAUAGCUGGACAGGUGGCUCCCUAGUGUGAGAUAACAUUCCUGGCUUGUCUAGGAGCAGACAGGAGUAUGUGACUAAGUGCUCUUUUUGGAGUGUAAGUAGAAGACACUCCCAGGCUUUAAAAGCUUUCCUCUUCCUGCCAGCUAUGAAGGUGCUGAUCUUAUUUGACCCAGCAGAGACCAUCGGGCUCUAGGGGUGGCAGAACAAUGACUUGUAAGGAACAAGAGUUCCUGAUUGAUCAGGAGGGGCAGAGCUGCCUCACGGAGCUGGACUAAUCAUAGUGUAUCUGUUCCAUGAACAAGACUGUCUUUAAGCUAACUUAUUGUUGAGUCUCUGUUACAGCAACUUAACUUUAUCAUACCAAAUACAGUUUUCUCAACUUAUUUACCAGUAUGACUGUCCUUCCAUUGGCCAGAAAGCUCUUUCAAAGAAAGCUAAUGCCAAGUGAGCCUCUCUCCUUGACAUCUCUUCCACUGUGUUCCAUGCUAGACAGAACACAGAAUAGGGGCUCAUUACACGUUAGA